GUUGAAGGAGCCCUGGUAAUAAAAACGCGAGCCGGAGAGGAAUCGGUUUUAGUGGUGGAAUCCGAAGAUGUUGCGGUUUCAGUAAUGGAGGCCGGAAAAGAAGAAGAUGAUAAUGCGUUUGCAAUAAUGGAGGCCGAAGAUGGUGAUGCAGCAAUGGAAGCUGAAGAUGAUGCUGUAGAAGAUGAUAAUGCGUUUGCAAUAAUGGAGACCAAAGAAGAAGAAGAUGAUGAUGAUAAUGCGUUUGCAAUAAUGGAGGCCAAAGAAGAAGAAGAUGAUAAUGCGUUUGCAAUAAUGGAGGCCGAAGAUGGUGAUGCGGUUGCAGCAAUGGAAGCUGAAGAUGAUGCUGUAGAUGAAGAUGAUGGUGACAAUGCAGUUGCAGUAAUAGAGGCCAAAGAAGAAGAAGAUGAUGAUAAUGCGGUUGCAAUAAUGGAGGCCGAAGAUGGUGAUACGGUUGCAGCAAUGGAAGCUGAAGACGAUUCUGCAGAUGAAGUGGUCGCUGAAGAAACAGUUUCAGCAAUAGGUACAGUUAUUGAGUCUAUUUUAGCCUUUUUACUUUCUGCAGCUCGGUCAUCUAAAGGUUCGUGA